AAAAUUUUUAAACGGUUUACAGUUUACGAUUUUUAGUUUGUUGCGCUAUUUUCAGUAUUCUGUAGCGAUCGUUUAAUAUUGCUUUAAAAGUGCAAUUUUAGGUUUUAAUAUAUUUUGUGUUGUAGUAAAUAUUGUAAACUUAAACUGUAUACAGUGGUGAAUAUUGAUUUCAAGUAAAGGAGCAACGUGCUGUGUGAUCAAAGUAAUGGCAUCCAAAAUUGAUGAAAAAAAUAAUGACAUUCCAGAGCGUCUUUACGAUUCCAGCAGCCGUACCACAUAUACUCGUAAACGAUUUUUUGGCAAGGGCGGGUUUGCUAAAUGUUAUGAAAUAAUUGAUGUUGAAAGUAAUGAUGUUUAUGCAGGCAAAAUAGUUUCAAAAAAACUCAUGAUGAAGCAUAACCAAAAAGAAAAAAUGACGCAGGAAAUAACAAUACAUCGAAGCCUUAACCAUAAUAAUAUCGUGAAAUUUCACGGAUAUUUUGAAGAUAGCUAUAAUAUUUAUAUAGUUUUAGAAUUAUGCAAAAAAAGGUCAAUGAUGGAACUUCAUAAGCGUAGAAAAACUAUUACAGAAUAUGAGUGCCGGUACUAUAUAUAUCAAAUAAUACAAGGAGUGAAAUAUUUACAUGAAAACCGAAUCAUCCAUCGCGAUUUGAAACUUGGUAACUUGUUUCUAGAUGAUCUUCUACAUGUUAAAAUUGGCGAUUUUGGUUUAGCAACACGAAUUGAAUAUGAAGGUGAGCGUAAAAAAACGCUGUGCGGCACACCAAAUUAUAUUGCACCUGAAAUACUGACAAAAAAAGGCCAUUCUUUUGAAGUUGAUAUUUGGUCUAUUGGAUGUGUUAUGUAUACAUUGCUUGUUGGUCAGCCACCCUUUGAAACAAAAACGUUAAAAGAUACUUAUUCCAAAAUAAAAAAAUGUGAAUAUAGAGUUCCAAGUUAUUUGCGGAAAUCUGCAGCUGAUAUGGUGAUUGCAAUGCUUCAAUCCAACCCCGAUAAUCGUCCUUGUAUUACUGAUUUAUUACGUUUCGAAUUUCUGAGCAGUUCUCCAGUGCCAAUGUCAUUGCCUAGUUCAUGCCUCACCAUGGCUCCACGUCUUGGAGCAAAUGAAAUUAUUGAUACAGAAUCAAUGCAACGCAAACCAUUGAUUGAAUCAAACCGAUUACGCGAUGAAACACGUUUAGAAUCGACAUUUUUAAAAAAAAAUUUGCAUGAUGCUAUAACUGCAUCUGCACAAGUUUGUCGUCAUAGUGAAGAUUAUCGAAGUGACGUCGAAAGCUUAUAUCAACAAUUAACCAAUUUAAUAAACGCUAAGCCAAUUCUUUUGGAUGGAAAUUUGGGAGACGAAAAUACUGAUCCUGCUGCUCAACCCUUAUUUUGGAUAUCGAAAUGGGUUGAUUAUAGCGAUAAAUAUGGUUUCGGAUAUCAGCUUUGUGAUGAAGGAAUUGGAGUUAUGUUUAACGAUACUACUAAACUUAUUUUAUUACCUAAUCAAAUGUAA